AUGAAAGAACCACUGUUGGAUGGUGAAUGUGACAAGGCCGUGGCUCCACAGCUGCAGCGGCGGCUAGAUGAAAUUAAGACAGAACCUGACAAUGAUCAAGAAUAUUUGCAAGCCCAGCAGCCCAAACUUCAGGAGAGAGAACUGACAACGGGCACUACGUUUUCAGACAGUGCUUCGCAGUUGACUACAGGCAUUCCGCUUUCUCUGACGUCAUCUGGCAUGAACAAAAUGCUUCCUUCAGUUUCAACCACAGCUAUUCAGGUUUCCUGUACUGGUUGUAAAAAAAUUCUCCAGAAGGGACAAACUGCUUAUCAGAGGAAAGGCUCUACUCAGCUUUUCUGCUCCACACUGUGCAUCACUGAAUACAUUUCAUCUACCAGUUUAUCAGCUCCUCCCAAGAGAACUUGCUCAAACUGCUCCAAAGACAUUUUAAACCCGAAGGAUGUGAUCAGUGUUCCACUGGAAGAUACUACCUCUAGCAAAAACUUUUGCAGCCAAUCUUGUCUUUCAUCAUAUGAAGAAAAAAGAAAACCUUUUGUUACCAUAUGUAGUAAUAGCAUUUUAACCAAAUGCAGCAUGUGUCAGAAGACUACUGUUAUUCAGUAUGAAGUAAGGUACCAGAACGUGAAACACAGUCUUUGCAGUAAUGCCUGUUUUUCAAAGUUUCACGCUGCUAACAACCUUGUCAUGAGCUGUUGUGAGAACUGUGGGGUUUACUGUUACACUAGCUCUAGUUCAUUCCACAUACUUAAGAUGGAAGGACAGUCUCAGUACUUUAAUAGUUCAAAGAAUGUUACAGCGUACAAGCAGAAACCGGCCAAAAUACUUCCAUCUGUUCUUUUGAAAUCAUUGAAGCCCUCAGAUGAAAUUAUUGAGACUACCAAUGACUCGGGGAAGACAGAGCUUUUCUGCUCUAUUAAUUGUUUUUCUGCUUACAAUAAAGCUAAGAUGGAAUCUUCGACAGCAGUUUUUCUGAUUGAUUCUGCCUUGUUUAUAAGUCUUUUUUGUUUAUUUUUAUCAGUAAAUGUUCCCAUGGUGCAACAGGCUUCAACUGAGCUCCUUUCCCUAAAGAAAGAUACAACUCCAGUUAUAAGCAAUAUAGUGUCAUUGGCAGAUCCUCAUGGUGACCUGUCCAUUGUAAACUCUGAUGUCUUAGAAGGCACAGUUCCUCCAGUAACACCAAAUGUCAUUGCAGAUAUUUCUAAGAGUUCUCCGAGUGAAGCUAGUAGUGGUGUUUCUAGUGAUAAUGUGGAACAGCCAAGCCUUUCACCAUCUUCAUCAGUACUCAGUCAGCCUACCAGUGGCUCCAAUAUGGAAGUACAGAAAGAGAAAGUGCCCAGCCAGGAUCCUGCAUGCAAUAUAAAAUCCAUGAAAAUAAAUGAUGGACUGUGUCACCCAAAAUUUACAUCCAAAGUACAAAAAGUUAAAGGAAAAUCACGAAGUGUUAAAAAAUCUUGGUAUUCAAAUCAGUGUUUGGAAAAUAGUACUAGAAAGGAUGUGACAUUCUGUUAUUCAUGCCAAUUGUUCUGCCAAAAAAUUUUUAGCUGUAGGGGAGAGUCGUUUACAACCCAAGGAAUUUCUAAUUGGAAAAAGACUCUGGAAAGAUUUAGAAAGCAUGAAAAAAGUGAGCUGCAUUUAAAGUCAUUGCAGUUUUGGAGGGAGUACCAGUUUUGUACUGAAGCUGUCAAUGAUAAUUUGUCUCUUCAUUCAAAAAAAAGUGAGGAAAAUAAAAACUACCUAAAGUUUAUCAUUGAAAAUAUUCUGUUUCUUGGAAAGCAGUGUUUACCCUUAAGAGAAAGUGACCAGUCUGUUUCAUCUAUAAAUAAAGGCAAUUUUUUAGAACUGUUAGAAAUCAGAGCAAAAGAUAAAGGAGAAGGAAUAUUUCGACUUAUGAACUCACAAAUUGACUUCUAUAAUAGUUCACAAAUUCAAACCGAGAUUAUUGAAAUAAUAAAAACUGAAAUGUUGCAGGAUAUUGUGAAUGAGGUUAAUAUCUCCUCAGCUUUUUCAAUAAUAUGUGAUGAAACAACUGAUAGUGCCACUAAAGACCAGCUUUCAAUUUGUGUGAGAUACCCACAAAAAACGUCAAAGACUAUCUUAAUUAAGGAAAGAUUCUUGGGUUUUAUUGAUACUGAAGAGAUAACUGGGACUAAUUUACAUAAGAUUAUCAAAACUUAUCUGCAGCAAAUUGGAGUUGAUUUGAAAAACAUACGUGGCCAGGCCUAUGAUAGUACCAUUAAUUUGAGAGGAAAAUUUAAUAAAAUUGCAGCAGAAUUCAAGAAGGAAGACCCAAGAGCUUUAUACAUACAUUGUUACGCACAUUUUCUGGAUUUAGCAGUCAUUAGAUUUUGUAAAGAAGUAAAAGAACUCCGAAGUACUCUAAAUACUCUCAGUACUUUGUUCAACACUAUUCAGAUGUCUGCGGAAAUGUUGGCAAAUUUUCAAAACAUUUGUAAACUAAGCCCAAACAAAACAUGCAAGAAACAUUCAUCACAGUCAUGUUGGACAGCUCACGAUUGCACAUUACUGUCUGUGACUGAGGGUCUUCCAGAGAUAAUUGAAACACUGGAAGUUAUUUCUAGCCAUUCUUCAAACACAAAUUUGGCUGAUGUAUUGAGUAAUUUGUUGACGUCGGUUUCCAAAUUUGAAUUUAUAUUUUGUUUAAAAUUUCUUUAUCGAGUGCUGAGUGUUACAGGAAUUCUUUCCAAAGAACUUCAGAGUGAAACGAUGGAUAUUUUUUCUUUAUCUUCAAAAAUAGAAACAAUUUUUGAGUGUUUAUCAUCUGAGAGAAAUGAUACCUAUUUCAAAGCUAUCUGGGAUGGAACAGAGGAAGUGUGUCAAAAAAUAACCUGCAAAGGUUUUGAAGUUGAAAAUCCUUCUCUUCAGAAAAGAAGAAAAAUUCAGAAAAUAGUAGAUCAUAGUGAUUCAGAUAAUAUAUUUUUUCCUACUUCAGCUGAAGAACAGUAUAAAAUUAGUAUUUAUUACCAAGGAUUGGAUACUAUAUUGCAAAAUUUAAAAUUAUGUUUUUCAGAGUUUGAUUAUUGCAAAAUAAAGCAAAUUUCAGAACUAUUAUUUAAAUGGAAUGAACCAUUAAAUGAAGCAACAGCCAGACAUGUUCAAGAAUUUUAUAAACUUGAUACAGAUAUUAUCCCAGAACUUCGGUUUUAUCGGCACUAUGCAAAGCUCAACUUUGUCAUGGAUUAUGAUUGUAUCAACUUCAUAAAUCUUGGCUAUUUGUUUAUUCAGCAUGGUCUUCACAGUAAUAUUCCUGGGAUCUCACAGCUGUUACAUAUUGCUCUGUCUUGGCCAAUUACUUCAGCAAGCGCUAGAAGUUCAUUUUCUGUACUGCCUCGCCUUAAAACAUAUUUAUGUCAUACCAUGGGACAAGAGAGGAAUAGUGACAUGGCCUUAAUGGCAGUUGAGCAGGAACUGGUAAACAAACUAAUGGAGCCCGAAAGACUCAAUGGACUUGUGGAAAAGUUUAUCAACCAGAUGAAGGAAAUAUGACGCUUGCUAAUUUCAUUUUACCUGAAAGAAUCUUACACUUCUGUUGGACCAUUAUAAUUUUUAUUUC